AUGCAUGUCAAAGCAAAGUAUGAGCUAAGACGAGCGAGACUAGAUUUUUGUGAAAAUCAAUCUGAGAGCAGAGUUGAGUUUAUAAUAUCGUUCAGAGCAGAGGUGUAUGAUGAACUGUGCAACGUGGUGGGAGGCUGGAGGUAUGUCAAGGAGAACUCCUGCUCCAGAUACUACAACCCUGUACACUUCGAGGUGGGGUUCAACCAGGAGGGGGAAUUGGUGGAUUUGCAUUUAUGUACAGAUGUACCAACCAGGCGGAUUGCUGUACAAGCUUAUCCAGAUAUAUGCUACACUCAGGAUACAAAGAAGCUGCAGGGGGAGAGUAGUUUAAACAACAUCCAGCUGAACCUGCAGGGCUGGCAGGUAGUCACUAUCAACCCUUUCUCCUGGAACUCCAUGUACCUCUCCUCCAGUACAGCCAGAAGACAGUUCCUCAACCAAACCUUUCAAACCAUGGCAGAAAGAGAAGAACCAGAACCUGUAGUUCUACAGUAGAACCAGAACCUACAGUUCUAUAGUAGAACCAGAACCUAUAGUUGUAGAACCAGAACCUGUAGUUCUUUAGUAGAACCAGACCCUGUCGUUCUUCAGUAGAACCAGAACCUAUAAUUCAACACUAGAACCAAAGCCUGUAGUUCUUCAGUAGAUCCAGAACCUGUAGUUCUACAGUAGAUCCAGAACCUGUAGUUCUACAGUAGAACCAGAACCUUUAGUUCUACAGUAGAUCCAGAACCUGUAGUUCUACAGUAGAACCAGAACUUUUAGUUCUACAGUAGAUCCAGAACCUGUAGUUCUUCAGUAGAUCCAGAACCUGUAGUUCUACAGUAGAACCAGAACAAAUAGUUCUACAGUAGAACCAGAACCUAUAGUUCUACAGUAGAACCAGAACCAAUAGUUCUACAGAAGAUCCAGAACCUGUAGUUCUACAGUAGAUCCAGAACCUAUAGUUCUACAGUAGAUCCAGAACCUAUAGUUCAACAGUAGAUCCAGAACCUGUAGUUCUACAGUAGAUCCAGAACCUAUAGUUCUACAGUAGAUCCAGAACCAAUAGUUCUACAGUAGAACCAGAACCUAUAGUUCUACAGUAGAACCAGAACCAAUAGUUCUACAGUAGAUCCAGAACCUGAAGUUCUACAGUAGAACCAGAACCUAUAGUUGUAGAACCAGAACCAAUAGUUCUACAGUAGAUCCAGAACCUAUAGUUCUACAGUAGAACCAGAACCUAUAGUUCUUCAGUAGAUCCAGAUCCAAUAGUUCUACAGUAGAACCAGAACCUGAAGUUCUUCAGUAGAACCAGAACCUAUAGUUCUACAGUAGAACCAGAACCUGUAGUUCUACAGUAGAUCCAGAACCUGUAGUUCUACAAUAGAUCCAGAACCUGUAGUUCUACAGUAGAUCUAGAACCUGUAGUUCUACAGUAGAACCAGAACUUAUAGUUCUACAGUAGAACCAGAACUUAUAGUUCUACAGUAGAACCAGAACUUAUAGUUCUACAGUAGAACCAGAACCUAUAGUUCUACAGUAGAUCCAGAGCCUGUAGUUCUACAGUAGAUCCAGAACCUGUAGUUCUAUAGUUACAAUAAAUAACAGAAUAUACAGUGGAACCCAUCAAGUUGUGGAAUAGGAAGACGAAUUUAAACAGUCUUAUGUGUAUUAGAUGUUGUCAAUAGCUUCAAAGUUAAAUUUCAAUUUAUAAUCGGUGUGUGUACACUGCACAAUUACUGUGCCUUACUGCUCAAUAAACUAUUUAAUUAAACUAAAAAAGUGAAUUUUUCCCACCUCAACUUUUUUCAGUUUUUAUCAUCAUUUGUAAUUUCUUUUACGUUAAUCUAAGAAUCUUGGCUGUGAAAUGAUGUAUGUGACAUGAUACAGUUUUAAUAUUUGUUCAUUAAAAGUAGAAGAUUAUUUGAUUUCUACUUAAACUUACACUACUUACACUACAGUAUCAGUAUAAAAGGUUAAUAUGUUUACGAUGCUUGUAAUGAUUAUUGUAUGUUAUGUUUUAAAAAAAAUAUGAUAUAAAAUUAACAAAAAAAAAUAUAGUUUGGAAAUUUAUUACUAAAACAAAUAAUUCAAAGAUUUGCCAUUUUUUUGUGUAUUUAUUGAAAUAAAUUUUUUCUUGCAAAUCUGAUUCAUCAAACUAUACGGAAAUAAAAUUUAAAACGAUCUAAAAGUUGCCAUAGCUUGUUACCCACUAUUUGUUUCGGCUGGGUAUGUUAGAUUUUCCUACAUUAGUAAUUAUGAAACCGGCCAUCAAAGAAAAAAAGCUUAAUCGUCAGUCUAGUUUAUAGUUUGGUAAUCAAGUUAUUUUUGGUUUACAAAUCUGUUUUGAAAACGUCAUUCCUCAUUUUCUUCCACUUAAUACAAGAAGAUUACAUGAGCAAAAGAAUUUUUUAUAAAGUCGUUAGUUAAGGCCGCAUUACGGUAUAAAUGUUAAGUGUAAUGUUGAAUAUCGUAAACAUGUCAUUUAACAGUUAAUAAGUUACCUUUAUUCGUUACUGUAAUGUUGAAGUGGGAAAUUCUCAUUAAGUCAAAUUUUAUAUCGUUCUGUGAACGUUAUUUGGCUUAUCGAGACAAAGCAAAUACAAUUUAUGGGGGAGGUAGGAGAAGUUAAAAUUAAAAGGAAGUUGAACUUU